CUGUGUACAUGUGUGUGGCUCUGCAGGUUCACAUUUAUGGCACUACACAGGAAUGUGUGUGAGAUGACUCCAUAGUAGAGCCAGUUAGUGGGUCACAUGGACAGAGGGAAGUGGUUUCUGUGACUCAUGGUCCCGUUACCAUGGUUACUGUGGUUACCACCAUACCUGGCUUCUGUUGGGUGGCACCUGGAGCCAUAAGGAAGUAGGCACUCAGAUUGGAGCCGCAGGUCCACCGUAAGCAGCAGAAGGACUAGGCAGGAUUCACCUUUAACCUUAGAGCUGUGGAUGACUACGAUGAUUCACCUGUGUAUGACGACGGGGAGACCUCGGCAGGGUGGGGACACCACGGGGACCUGAGUGCUCACUCAGAUGUUCGACUGUCCAAUGCUCUCAAGAACACAGGGCUUCUGACACCCCACCGCACUGGUGUAGACUAAUCUGCAGACGUGGCCCAGCCAAUGGGGGGUGUCUCUGUGUUCGCCAUCUCCUUCCUCCUGCUGCCGUUGGUCUUGCUGGCGUGCACCUGCUGCAGCAGCAGAAAGUCCAGAAGUUCAGCUGUUGACACGAAGCAGGUGCCGCAUGCACAGCACAUCUUACAGUCGGCAGACUCAGCAGAAGCCGAGGGGUCCGGGGAAGACGAGGGCGUCACGGCAACCAAGCUACAGUGUCAACAAAUGGAUCUGCUGGGAGUGCAGCAAGGAGAGGAGCUGCAGAGAUCUGUGGCCCUGGCAGCCAGGCGGCUGCCCUCUCUACCCAGGCCCAGCGUAAGCUCUGCCGUGUACGACAUCGUGGAGGACAUGAGGGACGGGCGGCCUCCUGCAGAGCCCAGAACAGCCCUCGGGAAGACCUCCAGCUAUGGUACCGUGUACGCUGAUCUGCGGGAGAUGGACGAGAAGAGCUGUGGGACGGGAGCUGUGGGAGAUGCGUCCGGCGAUGUCCAGAACCCAGCUGGAGAGCAGGACUUCCCCGUGUAUGCCAUAGUGAAGAAGGGUGGUGUCCGGCAGGUCCAGUCGGAGCUCGUCCUGUAGAGCACUCGGAGGGACACGUCCUAGAGGACAAUCCAGACUGACUGUGGACAAACACAUAUUUUGUGAGGAAAAGUGUUGUCACAUUUACCGAAGCGAUCAGGCCAAAUGUUUUCCUUGAGAGUUCAGCGUAAAUCAGUUCUCCUCCCCAGUUUUGAAUAAAAGCCAUUUGUGUCCCUAGAACCAGUUGUACUGUAUUCACCAUGCUGGGCUGUUGUUGACCUUUGACUG